AGAGCUACUCCAAAUCUACAAGAACUUAAAAGAAUUUUUAUCUUCAUCAAGUUUUGGAGCUGGAUUAAAAAUUCCUGAGUGAGCUGCCCUACAACUGACCCAAGUAUGCAAAAUGUCAGAAUAAGCUAUGUUUAAAAAAAACAUUUAACUUUGCUUUGUACUGCCACAGUGCAGAUUGUACCAUUUAAACAAUCUGUUAAAUCUGUGAAUAUGAUUAGUUUCCAUGAUUCUGUUUCUAGGAAUUGCUAUAUGGAUGUCUUGGGUGUCCUGUAUUUGUGCAGUUGGUGUAUUGGGAAGGCUGCAGUGUGCAUCCUGCUGUCACACGUGGGUAUAAACGAACUUACUGCACUCUGGAGCUGUGGCUGUUCCCUGCAUGCCCAGAAAUCUUGGAGAAAGGGACAGAAUUUUAGAUUCAGUGAUGGCUCCAAGGGAAAAAGAUGUCAUGUUAGGAGAAGUGUGGACAUAUGGUUGCCCCAGUCUAUGAAUAGCGUGGGCAUGUUUGAUGUGACUGAGUAACACCUUCUCUUGGACAGAAGGGAAUCAAUUUUUUAAAAAUCAUUGUUUUCUGUUCUUCUUGAGUGCUCAGACAUAUGGGAUUGUGUUGGGAAACUGGUCCUGUGCAUCAGAUGCUUGCUUGAGCCACUAUAUCGAGUUUCUGCUUCCAUUUAGGCACCUCCCUCCCUACUCUAGGCCAGCGUAACACCUUAAGUUAUUCCUGAUAUUCAAGAGAGCAGCACACACAGACCCUGCAGACAUUCCUCCUGCAGCUCAGUGAAAACUAACCUUCAUGAACUGUACCACUGUGUUCUGAGCUUCUUCCUCUAUUUCUUAACAGUUACAGAGUCACAGAAUCCUUUAGGUUGGAAAAGACCUCCAAGAUUGAGUUCUAUUUUUGAGGAGGUAAAGAAGACUUGACUCAUGCUAAAUUUAUCUUAUCAUAGGAAUAGAUUCACUGCUGAAUCCCCUCCUGGCUGUAUCUAUAAACAAAAGCAGCCCAAGGCUUUUCCAGGCUUGAGGCCAAGUGACGGGCUGUGUCCCUGAGGUCAGUGUCUUGUCCUGUCUUUGGGCAGCACAAUGGUGGAGGCUGAAGGAUCCAUCAGCUCAUUGGAAAGCUACAGCAAGUGGCAAAGUUUAACAGGACUGUGAGCUCCUCUACUUUGGGAAUCAUAGGGGCAUUGAAGGCUAGUUUUUGGGAGGUGCUGCUGUUGUUCUGGACCAAGACCCUCACAGCAAAACCAGUGUUGCAGCUUCCAAAGAGAGAAUUAACAGAGUAGUGCUGCAUGUCAGAGCAGUUUUCAUUCUACACCUGCCUGUAUGGGUUUGUGUACACUAGAGGCCUCCUUCCUUCAGCUUUUGGGCUGCUUCCCCAUGGAUAAUGUGGGAGGUGUUGCUGGAGUUUGAUCCUCUAAGGUCUUGUGCCACCUCUCAUGGCUGAGCUUCCAGCUCUCUGGGAAGCCUCUUGCUAACAGAGCUCCCAGAGCACACUGAGGCUGCAUUGCCUUCCCUCUGGUUUGGAAUAUCCAAAAGUAAGUCGUCUUCAGUGGAUUAAGGCUUCCAGCACGUGAAUAUUUCCAGUGGUCAGGAGGCUUGGUGCCUAGAAGUUUUUGGUACAAAUAUCAGAUUAUGUAAGCUCUGUCCUGGCUGUAAUAGCCCAAAGGUGUUCGGUGAAUGAGGUAAGGGAAAUUCUUUUCCUUUUUCUUCUUCACAAGAGGCAUUUUGUGCACAGACCUGCCUUCCUAUUUUGCCAUAUAAACUUGCAAAGGCUUGGCCAGCAUGGACAUGGGGAACAAUCAGCUCAGGGAGGAAAAUUACCUACCUGAGAUUGGCACCAGCAAUAAAUAACACCACUGAAGGCAUAAUCACUGCUGCAUGUGGCCUUUGUUCAAAAUUCACAGUGCCCAUGCUUGAACUUCUUUAAAUAUUUCUUUAAUUGCUUCUGUUUGAGUUGCUCCCACAUUUCAAUUAUUCAAGGCUAGGACAACACAAUGGUAAUUUUAUUUUUAGUUGUUAUACGCGAUUUUAUUGUAUUUUGUGUUCUUGUUCAGCCUACAGUAAUUACUUUAGUAUCCACGGUGACUAAACAUGCUGGCACAAUCACGAAAAGACCUUGGGCUGGCAGCAGUUUCCUUUCUGUGUAAUCAGUUGCUCCCUCCAAUUAAAGCUAUAUUUACCUACAAGGGAUGCAUUCAUUCAUGUAGUUUGUUUCCAUUAUUUGUAAUCUUUGAUGUUCUCUAGGAGCUUGAAAUAUUGGUGGUUUGGGGAUUUUUUUUUUUUUUUAGGUAACUUCAUUGAAGUAAAAAGUUUUAGCUGCCUGCUAAACUUAUUUUCAGUGUAUAGUAUCUGUAAAAUACUAGACAUGCUUCAGAGGUGUCUGCUUUCGUCACAUCAGUUAGUAACCAGUUUUCAAACAGGAAUUCUGUGUUUAUUCCUUGUGGAACAGAGCUAUGUGAAGAUACUCCACCAUCAUUACGAGAUCAAAAGGGGCAAUGCUGGCCCCUUUGGCUUUUAACAACCCCGUUAAUUUUCUUUCCCAGAGAAUAUGUACAUUUCUCUCACGUUGGCCAGGACAUCUUGCUAGUUUAUUUUCAUGUCUAGUUGGAAUGUUAAAAUAAAAAUGCACUUGUCACACUUUGUGUUACAGCAGCAAUGUGAAUUUCCUUGUUGGUUUAUUUUUUAUUGCCCAAAAGGACUUUGAUCUCACAAGCUGAAAAUGAUAAGCACAUUAUAUAAUUUGUGGGUUGCUCUCAGAGGCUUAUUCCGGUCUUGUUCUCGGUGAAGCAUUUGUGAGGAUAAUAACUAACCUAUGAUAUGGCAAAUGAAAUGAUUCUUUGCAAAUAUUCUAGAUGAGAAACAACCAUCUGGUUUUGCCUUGAGUUGGAUAUUUUUCCUGCAGUGUUCAUGGCUCUUUCCAGAGCUCUGGUUUUUGCUUUGGUCAGCUGGGUUACAUUCCUCUGUCUCGAUGCACAAAAAAUCACAACUAUCAGCUGUGAUGUACCACCCACACCACUGGUGAUCUCAAGCUUUUUGGAUGGAUAUACAGGUGAUAUAGAAUGGAUUACAGAUAUCCCACCCAAUGUGAAUCUGGAAUUACGAGAGUUUGUAUUCCCUGAACACAGGGGUUAUGUAGAUCUGGACUAUCCUUCUGGAUCUAGCAAUGCAACUGUGAGGACUCUUAAGGCACUGGAUGUUGAGGCUCUUGAGGGUAAAAUGGUCUGGUAUGCUGUUGUUUGCCAAAGGAUUGGAGCAACUGAUGAGGUAGAGAAUGGACGGAACGUAGAAUUAAUUGAUGUAAAUGACAACGCUCCAGAAUUUCAACAAGCUAAUUAUAAUGCUUCAGUAUCAGAGGUAGCUGAAAUCAAUUCCACGGUUAUAAAAGUGGAAGCUAAGGAUAAGGACUUUUCACCAGAAUUCAGCCUCCUUACCUACAGUCUGUGGGGCCCAAACUCUGAUUACUUUUCUAUAAGGGAAGGAGAUGGAAACAUCAUGGUGCAAAAACCACUGGAUUACAACGAGGUCAACUUUUUCAAUUUAACAGUCCAAGCAAAGGAAAAAUUUGGAAACCAGAGUGACACUGCAUCAUUAAUAAUUCAUGUGCAAGAUUAUGAUACAUUGAACCCCUAUUUCAGUCAAUCUGUGUACACUGGAAAUAUCAAUGAAAACCAGGUGGGUCCUCUGGCUAUUCUCCCAGAGAAGAUCUUGGCUCAAGAUGGAGACAAAGGUAUAAACGAAAGAAUAAUUUACAGCAUCAAACUAGUGAACCCCCCAGCCUAUAACAACAGCUUUUCAAUCAAUGACACUGGAGUGUUGGAAGUCAAGACCUCAAUUGACAGAGAAAUAUGUCCAAAUCUUGUGGUGGGCAUUCAGGCCGCUCAGCAAGACAAGCUUUUCAAAACAGCUGAUGCACUAGUUCUGGUUACUAUUGGAGAUGAGAAUGACAACGAUCCAGUAUUGUCACAAGCAAGUUACAAUGUCUCACUUCCAGAAAAUUCCCCAAAUGGGAUGGAAGUUCUUCAAAUAACAGCUACUGACCAAGAUGAGGGAGGCUUCCAGGGAACGCUCACUCUCACUCCAGAUGACAGUCCCUUCCAGCUAAGUCCAGCUGGGAUCCUAACUGUGAGGAACUCCAUGCUGCUGGACAGGGAGAGAGUACCCUCUAUUCACCUCCAGGUCACUGCUAGAGAUCAUCUGCCACCUCAGAAAGAGGUGAACUCUCCUAUCAACAUAGUGCUGCUGGAUGAAAAUGACAACAGCCCAACCUUUAGAGACACAUCAUAUAGACAAGAUAUUUUCCUCAACAUGACUGCAGGAAUGGCCAUUCUUCAGGUUGCUGCUGAUGAUCCGGAUGAUGGUAUAAAUGGAGAUAUAAGCUUCAUCUUAGCUGGUGGCAAUGAAGAUGGACACUUUCAAUUGGAUACAUCCACAGGACAAAUCAGUUUAAAAACAGUAAUCCCAUUAGGAAUCAACGAGCUUAAGAAGUUUGUCUUGUGGAUAACAGCUACUGAUGGUGGGACAGUUCCAAGAAGUUCAUCAGUGCCAGUAGAAAUCUUUGCAGUUGGAGAUUCCAGACCACGGUUUAUUCAGAAAACAUACAAUGUGUCUGUGGAAGAAGAGCUGGUUGCUCCUGUUGAAAUAGUACAAGUAGACUAUGAGGCUUUAAAUCCCCACAUACCAGUUGAGUUUCGAGUGCUGACAGAAUCUGCUUCAUUUGCCAUCGAUGACAAGGGAAUCAUCUCAACAAAAACCAAACUGGACUACGAAUCCCAGAGAAAUUACACUUUCAAUAUUUCCUUGUCAGAUGGAAGCACUACUGACUAUGCCACGGUGUUUAUCAGAGUUACAGAUGUCAAUGAUAACAGCCCCGUGUUUGGUACAACCAACACCACCAUUGCCAUUCCGGAGAAUGAGCCGGUGGGAACCAAGGUCACCAGCGUGUCAGCCACAGAUGCAGAUGAGGGCUUUAAUGGAUUAGUGGUUUUCUCUCUGAAGGGCGGAGAAGGAAAAAUGGAUAUUGACAGCUCCGGAUUCAUUUUGCUGGAAAAGGUGCUGGACAGAGAAGAACAAGGCUUCUAUAACUUAACAGUGAUUGCCAGUGACCAAGGCCAACCCGUGAGAUCUACAGCGCUCAACCUGACCAUCAUCAUCGAUGAUGUGAACGACAACGCCCCGGUCUUCUCAUCGAGCAGGUAUGAAAUGAAGGUCCCUGAAGACCUAGAGCUGGGAAGUACCCUGCUGACACUGUCUGCUACUGAUCGGGAUGCUGGGCCCAACGCCCUCGUGACGUACCAAAUUGUUGACCAGCAACCUCAAACCUCCUCCCCGGUGUUCCUUGUCAACCCAAGCACAGGCCAGCUCAGCCUGAACCAGCAGCUGGAUUAUGAAACCAUAAAUAAAUUUGAAGUGAAAGUGGAGGCAUCAGAUGGAGGUCAGCCAAGUCUCAGCAAUGAAACACUUGUAGUUGUUCACGUAGAAGAUGUCAAUGAUAAUCCACCAGAAUUCAGUCAGGCAGCUUAUGAUGUGUUUGUGUUUGAAAACCAUCAGAAGGGGAGUCCUGUCUACACAUUCAGUGUUGCUGACAAGGACGAGGCUGGCUUUUCUCAGGGAUACUUUAUUCACAACAGCACUUCAUUUACUGUGGAUGUCCCUGGAACACUUUCAUUAAGGAAUGACACAGAACUGGACAGGGAGACUACAUCUGGAUUCACUUUACAAGUAUGGGCUGUUGAUAAUGUAAUAAAUGGGCUUAAUUCAAGUGCCUUGUUCCACAUCACUGUUCUGGAUGUCAAUGAUAACAACCCUGAGUUUCAGAAUCAGCCAUACAGCUUUGAGGCUCUGGAAGGGGAAUACAGGUUGGAUAACCCCACUAGAGUUGGACAUGUGACUGCCACCGAUGUGGAUGAGGGAGAGAAUGCACGAAUUACUUACUACUUGUCAGCUGAGGAUGGGGAUAAUCCAUGCAGCAUCCAGCAGGAUGGAACCAUUGUGGUUACUGGCUCUGUAGACCGAGAAAGUAAAGACAUGUAUGAGCUGCUCCUGGUGGCAUCUGAUAAUGGAGUGCCUCCAAGGCAGAACUUCACACACGUCAGCAUCCAGGUGUUAGAUGUGAAUGACAAUGCUCCUCAGUUCACAAGGGCACAGUACUCAGCCAGUGUCCAUGUGGCAACAGCAAAGGAAGGGGAGUUUGUCCUGUCAGUGUCUGCCACUGACCUCGACCUUGGGAACAACGCUGUCAUUUCAUACAGCCUCAUGAACCAUUCUGAUGAUUUCCGUAUAAAUGAUGGCACUGGAGAAAUCACCCUCAGCAGCAACCUGGACCACAUCACAGCUGACACAGUUGUUACACUGACAGUUGUUGCUACUGAUCAUGGAGUUCCUCAGCUUACCUCAAGUGUCUCUGUUACUCUCUACUUGCUGGUAAAUGACACCAGCUUUGGACUGAUUUUUGAGAGCUCCAGCUACGAGUUCAGCAUUGAGGAAAACAAACCCUCAGGGACUGCAGUGGGCUCUGUGAAAGCUCUGACUGGAAGCAUAGCUGUGCAAGUUGGGUACUCCCUGAAAUCCCACUGGGACAAGUUCUCCAUCAGUGACCAAGGAGACAUCGUGGCUCUUGCCAGGCUGGAUCGGGAGGAAGGAGACCUGUACAGCAUCCUUGUGGAAGCUGUGGAUUCUCUGGUGCCACCCAAUACAGCUGUUGCUUUGGUAACUGUGAGAGUUGAAGACGUCAAUGACAACCCUCCAGUCUUCUCACCAUGGAUCCAAACUAAUUUAUCAGCUCCUGAGAAUACACCUGAUCUAGACUUGGGCACAUUUUCUGCUACUGAUCUGGAUAUAGGAGAUAAUGCACUUGUAAGCUACUCUCUGCAAGAUGAUUUUGCUGGAACGUUCCAUAUUAACAGUUCUACUGGCAAGCUGGUGACAAAAAAAUCCUUAGACAGAGAAGUGAUGGCCAGUUAUGAAUUGAAAAUAAUGGCCACUGAUUCUGGCAAACCACCACAAUCUGCAAGCUUAGUUCUGAGCAUCGCUGUGGAAGAUGUGAAUGACAACCCACCGGUGUUCCCCCAGAAAUCCUACUCCGUGACCGUGAGGGAGAACGAGCCUCCGCACGUGAUUUUGAGUGCAGUAGCCACAGAUGAAGAUAUAGGGUACAAUGCCAUCAUUCAUUACACCCUAACUGGAGAGACGACUUCAUUUCGUGUUGGAGAACUUUCUGGAGAUAUUGCAACCCUUCAGCCUCUGGACUAUGAAAGUCAUUCCCAGUAUAUGUUUAUUCUGAAAGCUUUCAAUCCUGGACAGCCACUUCUCCAGGACACAGCAAACAUUACAGUUACUGUGGAAGAUGUCAAUGAAGAAGGACCCAUGUUUGACCAGUCCUCAUAUUACAAGAUCCUUCUAGACAAUUCUACAGCUGGCACACUGGUAGUAGAUAUCAAUGCAAGAGAUGAAGGCAAGGGUUAUGAUGAAGGCAUUCUCUACAGUAUUUCAGGUGGAAACUCAGAAGGCCUCUUCAGUCUUUCCAGUGCCACAGGAGAACUCAGGUUAACAAGAGAUUUAUCCAAACAAACUGUUCCCCUGUAUUACUCCUUGAACGUCACCGCUACGGAUUCGGGUCUGCCGCCUCUUUCAACCUCUGUAAAGGUGUCAGUCAUGAUAGCUCCCAUGGAUGUCUCCUUCCCAGUAUUCGUGGAAGAAGCCUAUCACCCUGCCCCUCUGUCAGAGAAGACACCCCCAGAUACAUUUGUUGUAGAGAUCAGUGCCUUGUACAAGCUCCCUGUGAACUACAGCAUUGCCUCUGGAGAUGAGAAGGGAUAUUUCAUUAUCCAUUCAUCCAGUGGUAUCAUAAAAACAAGUAAGAAUCUAGAAGUGGAAGAUUUUCCAGUAAAUUUCAAGGUACGAGCAACAGACUCAUCUAAUGCUACUAUAUUUAAUGAAGUUGAAGUGAAAGUGGAAGUUAUCGAUGAAAACAAUUUCCCUCCAGUUUUCCCAUCUUCUCUACUAGAAGAGAGAUUGGCAGAGAAUUUACCUGCUACUCAGAUUGUGCAGCUGAAAGCUCAGGACAAUGACACAGGUAGAAAUGGUUUCCUAACAUAUGGCAUUCUCAAUGGACAUGGACUAAAAUUCUGGAUAAAUGAAACAACUGGAAUCCUUUAUUCCACUGCCCCCUUUGAUUAUGAAGAGGAACCUACAGAGUAUCAGGUUGUGGUCUAUGCUGAAGAUGAUGGAAUCCUUGAGAAGAAGAGGGGUUACUGCACAGUUGUGAUAAAGAUCACUGAUGUUAAUGACUGGCCACCUGUGUUUGAUCCAGUGCCUGACUUCAGAGUCAAUGAAAACGUGCCUGUGGGAUUCAUAGUUGGAAAAAUCACAGCAUCAGACAGAGACACAGGAGACAAUGCCUUUGUUCUAUAUAACCUCACAGGUGAUGGAGAAAAUAUAUUUGAAAUAGAUGAAAUACAGGGCAUCAUUAAGAUAAGGAACUCUCCAGACUAUGAAACCAUGAAUAAACACAACCUUACAGUGACUGCAGUCAACAAUAAAUCUGCCCCUUUCCACAAGACAACUACCCAUGUCAGUGUUGCAGUGAUCGAUGAGAACGAUAACGCCCCAGUGUUCUCCCAGAGCUCCUAUUCCGCUUCCAUAAACAUGGUGAAUCCUGUGGGUGCUCCUGUCAUCACCGUGAGCGCCACCGACCGCGACCAGGGGCAAAAUGGCCUUAUUGAAUAUUACAUCCUCCCGGAUCCUGGUGUGAGCCCGUUCUUCCUGAUAGAGGAUGUGAGUGAGGGGAAGAUAAUUACAACUGGAAACCUGUCUAGAUCUGGAGAGAUGCAUUUAACAGUGAUGGCAAAGGACAAAGGUUCUCCUCCUUUAAAUGGCACUGCUGUGGUUACUCUGAACGUGUUUGACAACCGUCCAUUCGUUCCUCACUUUAACAAAAGUGAGAUCAGCGUUUCCGUUUCGGAAAACACAGGAGUGGAUUAUUUAAUUUAUGAUUUUGCUGUGGUUGAAACUUCAGGAAAACCUAUUGAUUACACUGUUGUAUCUGGCAAUGAAAGAGGUCACUUUAGACUGGAUCCUGAAAGUGGGGAGCUGAGAACAGCAGUGAAUUUGGACUAUGAGGAAGUUUCUCAGUAUGUGAUUUUAAUUCAAGCAAACAAAAAAGUCUUCUCUGCUGCAGGAGCCCAGCGUUCAGGCCUGUUUGCUGAGAACGUGGCCAUGCUGACGAUCUCUGUGCAGGAUGUGAACGAAGAGCCCGUGUUUUCCAGCAGCUCCUACUCUGCCCGCAUUCCCAACUCUGUGCCCUACAAAUAUGCUGUCGUUACAGUCCAGGCCACAGAUCCAGAUUCAGGAGACAAUGGACUUCUGCUCUACAGCUUAGUCAGAGGCCAAACUGACGAAUUUGACAUCAAUGAAAACACGGGACAGAUUUUUACGGUUUCUGUAGCAGGAAAGACUGGAACAUUUAAUCUGGAAGUCCAAGCUGCAGACCAAGGCACAAGAAGACUCACAGCCUGGACAACAGUCAGUGUAACUGUUGAUUCCAGUUCCAGCAGCAACAUUGUGAUGCUGAUGCUUAGUCAGAAGAUCAACGUGGUGGAAAGAAACAGUGCUGAAAUACAAAGGGUCCUGGAAGACAAACUUGGAUGGAAUGUCUACGUGGUUGAUAUUUCUUCCAAGGAGACUGAAAGAAAAGCAAGGAGCAGCACUGAUGAAACCCAAGUAAAAAUCAUUGCUUUUGAUGAGGCCCACCAGGAAGUACCUGCAGAAGAUGUGAAAAGAAAACUGAGGGAGCAGAAGGGCGACAUUGAGGCGGAACUGGAGAAGGUGUUCUCAGCAUCCGUCAGUGCUGCCAUCGGGGAGGCUCCCGGAGCGCCGGCAUCCUCGGACCUCGUGGCUGCCAUCGUGCUCGGGGUCCUGUUCGCCGGCACCUUCAUCGCCUUCCUGGCCUACAUCCUGCUGGGUCUGAGAAGGAAAAGGAAGUAUGGGAAACAGGAUUUGGCUAAGAAAGUCAAAAUUGCAGAGGGCAUUGAUAACCCGUGGGCAGUUGAUAAAAAUGGAAGUCUGAAAAGCUUAGAGAAACCAGAGCACAUGAAUAAUGGGAGAACUGAGAUGAUAUCAUUUGACAACCUGGAACGCACCAGAGGAGAUGAUGCUGAAAAAGAUGAAAUUCAGGCCCCUGAAAAAGACAAUUACCUGGACACAGUGCUGCUGGAUUACAAGAGUGAAAGUGAGCAAAAUGGAGCACCUGAAAAAGCUGCUGAAAGUAGAAAUGUGGAGGCCCAGCCCACUGUAGGAUUCACAACAAAACAGGAUUCCUUUGUGACAGACAUGUACCAGAAGCCAGCUCUUUCCUUAACACCUCAUCCCACAUUGCCUGCCCCUGAGAAAGAACUGAAAGGAGUAAAAUUUUCAGAGGUGGCAGUGAUUUUGGACACAGAGCCUGGAGAUGAUGAACUUGGAGAUGAUGAGCCUGAAGAUGAUGAUUCUGAAGAUGACAAGCCUGGUGAUGAUGUAUCUGUCUGAUAAGAACACUCGAUGAAGAAAAUUCUUAGAAAAACCACAAUGAGACUCAUUGGAACAGCUCAGAAUUAAAUGAGCAAUAAGAAUAUGGGAAUGUUAUCCAGAUUUUAAUUCUGCUUCUGUUGUAAGGAUGGAUAAGGACGAGAACAAGCAAUAUGAGGGAAGGGCUGCAGUGCUGUACUGCAGGGUUGCUUCCCCAGCAGCAGCGCUGCCUCACAGUGUAUUUAAUUUCUCUCGGCACGUGUUAAAUGGGCAAGACAAUAAACCCGAUUCCUGUGCAGUG